AUGCUUCCAGGAAUCAAAGAAGACGAAACUUCUAGUUUUGCAGAUUUUACUCCCAAACUAAAACUAUCACUUCGUGGGUUUGAAAGCAGUAAAAAUAACAUAGGCCAGCUUAAAAUAAAAGCCAAAGAAUUCAAAGCUCGGAAAAUUAGAGUUCCGACUUGCCUGCUUACUUAUCGAAGGAAAAAGCAAAACUUAGAGACUGAAGAAAAAUUAAGAGAAUUCCCCUCAAUUAAUAGUACAGUAAAAAAAUGAAUGGAAAGAAGCGCAAAACUUCCACUGCAAAAUAACUUCUUUCUUGAUGAAAUAGCUAAACAGAGCAGAGAAUCAGGAUCUAGGCAUAAUGCUAGUAGCAACAUUUUUAUGUUCACUCAGCCUGAAAAGCGACCAAAAUCAAUAGCAGUAACUGAACGAGCCAAAAAGAGUAAAAUACAUUAUCAAUUGAAAAUAUUCGAAAAUAAGGCAUCAAUAAUUAAAAGAGUAAUUGCUGCUUUGUAG